AUGCUUAAUCGGCUCAAUCAACUCACCCGACAUUUCUUGCGUCCUUUAUAUAGACCCACUGCAGUUCUUUCAACUCCGUCCUUGAGCUCACGAUUAAGCCUGCCCGCGAUGACAUCAGCCGCGCACGCAAAGCCCAUCCACACGGCCGCGUGCCUGAUUAUCGGUGAUGAGGUCCUUGGUGGAAAGACCAUCGACACCAAUUCGCCGUUCCUCGCCAAAUUUUGUUUCGGGCUCGGUAUCCAGCUGAAGCGCGUGGAGGUUGUCCCAGAUGACGAGGAGGAUAUCAUGGAGGCGGUUCGUCGUAUGAGCGAGCGCUAUGACUUUGUCGUUACAAGUGGAGGCAUUGGGCCAACACACGAUGACAUCACCUACUCCUCAAUCGCAAAGGCCUUCAACCUGAACCUCAAGCUCCACCAACCCGCUUUCGAGCGCAUGAAGAAACUCUCCCGUCCACACCCCAUGCAGCCCAACUUCGACUGGGAAACCCCUUCCCCGGGUCUUACCGCUAAACUGCGCAUGGUUGAGCUUCCAUUCGACGAGAAAAUCCCAGCUGAGCACCAAGCUGUCUUCGUCGCUGAGGAUAUGUGGGUACCUGUUGCGAUCGUAAAUGGAAAUGUGCAUAUUCUCCCUGGUGUCCCUCGUCUCUUUGAGAAAUUGCUCGAAAACCUGAAGCCUUCCCUGAUUCCCCGUCUCUCUGACCCUGAGGGUAAGGGUACUUUCCGCUUCAUGUUCAGCACCCCUCUCCCUGAGAGUGCGGUUGCCCCAUACUUGACUGAAUUGGCAGCCAAGGUUGAGCCUCUGGGAAUCAAGGUGGGCAGCUACCCUCGUUGGGGCAAGAAGCGGAAUACCGUUACCCUUGUGGGAACGGAUAAGGCUUUUCUGGAGAGCUUGGUGAAGGAGGUUGAGGAGGGCGUUCAGGGACAGCGGGUUUCGAAGGAGGAUGAGUUGGAUCCUGCUGAGCCGGAUCAGGUUUAUAGCCAGUAG